AUGAAGAAUUUCCGCAAGGUCGCCUACAACUUCAAGAUGACGCUCGUCUGCGGCUUCAUCACCUUCCUCGUCUUCCGCGGCACCUUCGGCGCCGGCAAGUUCGGCACGCCGUUUCAGGAUGCCGAGAUUCUCAACCGCGAGCUCCGGUCCUUCCAAGAGAAGGGCCUCCUCAAGUCGCGGGAGAGCCAGCUGCUCUUCCUGCAGGACAAGAUGACGGACCGCAAUUCGCCGUACCGCGCCGGGCCCAACAUCACAGACUGGGACGAGCAGCGCGCGGAGCACAUAGCCUUGAAUCCCGGGUGCAACUCCACCAGUGACGGGCGGCCACGUGUCAUGAUCGUGUCGACUUCCCAGCCGAAGCCGUGCGAGCACAGCGUGGGCGACCACUUCCAGCUCUUGUUCCUUAAAUCGAAGCUGGACUAUGCGCGUACGCACGGCAUGGUGGUAUACCACCACAUGGUCCGGCUGGACAAGGAGAUGAACGGCAUGUGGGAGAAGCUGCCGCUGCUGCGCCGGCUCAUGCUCGCGCACCCCGAUAUAGAGUGGUUCUGGUGGAUCGACUCGGACUCCAUUAUAACGGACAUGAAGUUCGAGCUGCCAUGGCGCAAGUACAAGGAUGUGAGCAUGGUGGUGCCGGGGUGGGACGACCUCGUGUACAAGCACCGCGACUGGGUGGGCCUCAGCACCGGAAGCUUCCUCCUGCGCAACAACCAGUGGUCGCUGGAUCUGCUCGCCAAGUGGGCCGCCAUGGGCGCGAGGGGCAGAGCCAGGGAGGAGGCGGGCAGAGUGCUGACGGCGCAGCUCAAGGGCCGGCCAGAGUUUGAGGCGGACGAUCAGUCGGCGCUGGUGUGGCUGCUGGUGAGCGGGAGGGAGCGGUGGGGCAGGCACGUGCACCUGGAGAGCAAGUUCUACCUGCACGGCUACUGGGUCAACCUGGUCAACAGGUUUGAGGAGAUGAUGGAGCGGUUCCAUGCCGGCUUCGGUGACGACCGGUGGCCGUUUGUGACCCACUUCGUGGGAUGCAAGCCGUGCGGCAGCAUGGGCGAGUACGACGCGGCCAAGUGCCUCGUGCACAUGAAGCGCGCGUUUGUGUUCGCCGACAACCAGGUGAUCAAGCCGUACGGGUUCACUCACUUGCACCUGAACAGCAGCGUUGUGGUUCCGCUGGUGAAUGUGACGACCCGGGCGUGGAUAGCUGAGACGCAUUAUGAGAGGAAGCAGCAGCAGGUGGCGGAGAAGAGGAAGAAGCAGGCUGAGGAGAAGGAGAGGUUGGAGCAAGAGGCGAAGAGAAUGGCUGAGGAGCAGGAGAAGUGGCGGGAGGAGGAGGAGACGAGGAGGAAGGAGGAGGAGGCGUGGCGGGAGAAGGAGGAUGAGAGGCAGAGGAAGAUUGAGGAGGGGAAGAGGGUGGAAGAGGCAAAGAGGGCUGCUGAGAAAGAGGCUAAGAAGAAGAAGAAGCAGGAGGGGCAGGAGGGGCAGGCAGGGAAGGUUCGGAAGGUUGCAGUGGGAGGGGCGGGACAAGGAAAGAAUGGUGCAAAGGGAGCGGCGGCUGUUACUGUGAAGAAUGUGACUGUACCGAUUGGGAAGAAGGGUAUUCCGGAGAUUAUAGUGGAUGAGGAUGAGGAGGAGGAGGAGGAUGAGGAGGAGGAGAGUGUGCAGGACAGGAGGAAGAUUGGGCUGACUAAGGCUGUUAUGAGGCAGCAGCGAGCUGCUAUGGCCCGCGCUGUGGUUGCUGCUAGCGCUGAGGACGAGGAGGAGCGGGAGGAGGAGGAGAGAGGGGGUGUGGAGAAGGGGGAUGAGAAGGGGAGUGAGAAGGGGAGUGGGGAGGGGAGUGGGGAGGGGAGUGAGGAGGAGAGUGAGGAGAGUGGAAGGGAGAAGGGGUUGGGGGUAGCAGGUGCUGGGAGGAAACCGGAGAAGGAAGAGGAGGGUGAGGAUGAGGAGGAGGCGGAAGAGGAGAGGUUGGACAGGGAGAGGGAGAGGAGAACGAGUGUGAAGCUUGAUGCUAGUGAUGAGACUAGUGCAGCAAAGGAGGGUAGUGAGGAGAAUGAGGAGGGAGAUGAGAAGGGACGUAGUGAGAAGGGUGUUGGUUUGAGAUCAGUGCUUGAGGAUAGGGAGGAGGCACAGGAGGGAGAUGGUGCAACAGCAGAGGAAGCAGAGGAGAAGGUGGGAUUGAGCAAUGAGGAGGAGAGGGGUGGUUUGAGAGGUGAGGAUGAAGGAGAGGAGAGGGGAGCAACCAUGCCGAAGCCGUGCGAAGCGUGUCAAUUGAGCGCGGCUUUAAUCUUCUGCAGAGCCGACUCGGCGUAUCUCUGUCUAGCGUGCGACGGCAAGGUGCAUGGCGCGAACAAGCUCGCCUCUCGCCACGAGCGAGUGUGGGUCUGCGAAGUUUGCGAAAUGUCGCCGGCCGCGGUAACCUGCAAAGCCGACGCUGCGGCUCUUUGUGCGACGUGCGACGCCGACAUUCACGAGGCGAACCCACUCGCGAAUCGCCACGAGCGCGUUCCCGUCGUCCCGUUCUACGAGUGCCCUUCGUCGAUCAAAAGCUGUAAACCGGCCUGCGUACAGCCCGCCGCGUUCCUUGGCGCAAAUGACGCCGCAGAGUUCGCGUCGCCUUCUGAGGAGCACGAGGAGCUCAUUUCGAGUCAAGGACAAGCGCUGCCGCAACCAACGGCGGCAAACGCGGCCGUCUCAAGGAGAGGACUGGAGGAGGAGGUAGAGGAAGAGGAAGAGGAGGAAGAGGAAGAGGAGAGGCCGAACACGGAGGCGGGUGGUCGAAACGCUAAUUGGCUCUGCCCCCUCCACUCCCACCUCUACCCUCACCACUCAGCCGCUUCUGCUGCACCGCGAAUGCUCCCGCCGCACAUGCCGCCGCACAUGCCGCCGUAUAUGGCGCCGUAUAUGGCGCAGCAUAUGCAAAUGGCUGGCUCUGUUCCUCCGCGGCCGAUGGUACCGUCGCCUUACUUCCCCUACGCGCACCUCCCGCCGCACAUGCAGCCGCAAAUGCCGCUCCACAUGCCACCGCACAUGUCGCCGCACAUGCCGCCGCAUUAUCCGGCCUCCCCGCAUGUCCCCUCGACGCUUCCCCUCCUCCACCGUCCGACACACGUUGCGCAACCUCCGGCUACUAAAUAUCCCAAAACGGAGUCCGCUGACGUUUCAGAUCUCCUGUUUGACGUGGAUCCGUUCCUGGACCUCGAGCAGUACGGCGGCGGCGACCGCAGCGCGACGCCCGUCGACGGGAAACUUGCCUCGGCGAAACCGCCCACGCAAUAUGCGGCCCUUUCGGCGGCGGCAAAGAAAACGGUGAAAGAGAGCAUGGUGGUGCCAGUGCAAUCCCAAGACGAAGGCGCUUCGGCAGUGGCUGGCCGGCGGGAAUGCUCCCCUUCCCUCUACUCCUCCCCGUCCUUCUCCGUCUCCUCUCAAACCGACACGCACCUCGUUCCUAGCAGCAGGCAGGCCGCCGACUCCGCCGCAACCGCCGCCGCGUUCGACGCCAGUGCCACGUCGUCAUCCCGCGCGGGUCACCCCGCAGCGGAAAGCCCCGUCGUUCUGCGCGCCUCCUCGUCCCUCCCCUCCGCUUCCCCCUUCUCCCCGUCGACGUUCUCAAGCCCCGGCCCUCUCCACCCGCUUGCGCGCGAGGCUCGCGUGAUGCGGUACAGGGAGAAGCGCAAGGCGCGGCGGUUCGAGAAGACGAUCCGCUACGCGUCGCGGAAGGCGUACGCGGAGAGCCGCCCGCGCGUGAAAGGGCGAUUCGCGAAGCGGACCGAGAUGGCAGAGGGCGGCGCGGGCUCACCUGCUGCUUUCGAAGUAGCAGUCAACGCAGUCAACGGGGUCAACGGAGUGGAUGCGUGUGGGAGCUAUGAGGACGUGGAAGGGGAGCAGUUUAAAAUGGAGGAGGGGGUCGCGUGCGACCUUGACUUUGCACUCGCUGACGCUCCCUUCACUAUGAUCCCCGCUUUCCUUUGA